AUGGCCUCCCUGCUGUCGGUCCAGGAGGAGAACCGCAUCCUGCAGCAGGAGCUUUCCCGGGUGGAGGACCUGCUGGCCCAGAGCCGGGCCGAGCGCGACGAACUGGCCAUCAAGUACAACGCCAUCAGCGAGAGGCUGGAGCAGACGCUGCACCUGGAGACCGGCGAGCGCGAGCGGGAGGCCUUGGAAAACAAGAGCCUGGCCCAGCAGAACAUUGACCUGCGCCGGCGGCUGGAUGAGGAGCAGGCAGCCUACAAGCGGAAGCUCCAGGCCUACCAAGAGGGGCAGCAGCGCCAGGCCCAGCUGGUGCAGAAGCUGCAGGCCAAGGUUCUCCAGUAUAAGAAAAAGUGUGGGGAGCAGGAGCAGCAGUUGCUGGAGAAAUCCACAGAGCUGGAGCAGCAGCAGCUGGUGAGCCACUUGGACCUGACUGAGUCCCGCCUGCGCUGCGAUGAGGAGCACAGCAAUGACCUGGAGAACGCCCUCAUCCGGCUGGAGGAAGAGCAGCAACGGAGCGCCAGCCUCGCCCAGGUCAAUGCCAUGCUGAGGGAGCAGCUGGACCAGGCCAAUACGGCCAACCAAGCUCUGAGUGAGGACAUCCGGAAGUUGACGACAGACUGGACGAAAGCCCGGGACGAGCUGGAGCAGCGUGAGGCAGAGUGGAGGCGGGAGGAGGAGUCGUUCAACAGCUACUUUAGCCAUGAGCACAGCCGCCUGCUCACCCUCUGGCGGCAAGUGAUGGGCUUCCGGAGGCAUGUCAGCGAAAUGAAGACCCUGACGGAGAGGGACCUCUCUGAGCUGAGGCAUGAGCUCUCCCAGUCGGGCCGCAUGGCACACGCCGCCUGCCUCAACCUGAGCAGCAACCUGCGGCUGUCAGAAAGCAGUGCCUGCGCGGCCCUGGAGAAGCAGGAGCGGUUAACGGCCCAACUGGAGGAGCAACUGAAGGACAAAGUCCAUGACAUGAUUCAGCUGCAGGUCCGGUGCGACCUGGAGAAGGCCGAACUGAGCAGCAGGAUUGGGGAGCUCACAUCCAAUUUGGAGCGCAUGAAGGACCAGAACUCGGAGAAGGCUCACACCAUUGAGAUGCUGACCCAGAAGCUGGAGACCUUGGAAGCCUCUCGUGCUCUGGAACAGGCGGCGGCCGAGGCAGAGGAGGUUGAGGCCCUGCGGACAGAGUCUGAGAUGCUUCAGCAGACGCUCCGUGACCUUGCCCAGGCUGUGAUCUCUGACGCAGACAGUGCCAUCCACCUCCUGUCCACAGAGGCCUCAGACAGCGAGGCCACUGGUCUCAGCCUGCGGGGCUUGUCCUCCAGCCUUCGGACACCCUCGCCACUGCGACGCUCUUCCCCUCGACGCAGCUCAUCCCCCCGGCGCUGCCUCUCCCCAGUCUUCCCGGCAGACUCUGUGCUGGUGGUGGUGCAGUCAGCUCUGCAUAAGCGACAGCUGCAGCUUCAGGAUCUCCAAGGGAAAUACGAGGCUGCCCAAAAUCUGCUCUCAUCCCUGAAGAGGCAACUGGCAGAUAGCGACAGUGAACGGUGGUCCCUCGAGCGGAAGAUCCAGCAGCUGAUGGACGACCUGGAAGGCCUGGGCCAGGCCAAGGAGGAGGCUGGCCAUGAGGCCUGCCGGCUGCGCUCCUUAGCAGAGCUUCUGGGCAGUGAGAAGGCCUCUCUGGAGAGGAACCUGCAAGCCACACAAGAGAAACUGGGGGGUCUGCACCAGGAGAAUGAGCGGCUGCAGGUGGUUAACAGCGAUCUUCAGCGCCAGCGCCAGGCCCUCGAGGAGGAGAAGGAGGACCUCUUGAAGGAGCAGGAGAGAGCCCAGAAGGAGGUGGAACACAGUCACAGACAUCUCGAGCAACUGGAGGGCAAGAGGUCCAGCCUCAAGAAGGAGCUUGUGCUGGUGAAGGAGGCCCUGAGCCAGGCUGUCCUGGAGAAGGAGGUCUUGGAGAAUGAGAAGGCUGAGGUGGCAGGAGCCCUGGCCAAGGCAGAGGCAAACCGGAAUGAGCUUCAACUGGCUCUGAGCCGGCUGACAGCUGAGGAGGCCUCGAUGCACGACUCCCUCACCAAGAUGAGCGCCCUCAAUGAGGGGCUGGCACAAGACAAGACAGAGCUCAACCGGAUCAUUGUCCAGCUGGAAGAGGAGAAGGCCGCCCUCCUGGGGAAGAAGGAGGAGGCAGAGCAGGAGAAGGCCACUAUCCGCGCUGAACUGGUGCGGCUGGAGCAGGAGAAGCUGGACCUGGCCACAGAGCGCCAGGGGCUGGGCCACUCCCUGCAGGCUGUGGAGCAGAGCCGGGAGGCGCUGGGCCAGGAGCUGGUGGCACUGCAGAAGGAACGGGAACAGCUCCAGGAGCAGCUGGGGCAGGCGUCCCGCCAGAGGAGCACAGCCACUCAGGAGCUGGGCCAGGUGCGCCGGGAGCUGGAGCGCCAUAGUGAGGCCAUGCUGCGCAUGGGCAAGGAAAAGGAGGCGCUGAUGAAGGAGAAGGCCAGCCUGGUGGUGCAGCUGGCAGCCUCAGAGCGGGAGAACCGAGGCUUGGCAGAGGAGAUGGCUGGUCUCAGGUCUGAGAAGGACACCCUGGAGACAACCUUCUUUGAGAUCCAGCAACAUCUGGCCCAGCUGGACUCCCGGAAGGAGCAGCUGGAAGGCGACAGCCAGGCCCUGCUUCUGGCCAAGGAGACUUUGCAAGUGGAGCUGGUGAGCCUCCGUAAGCAAAUGGAGGCCGAAGUCAGCCGGCUGGAGCAGGAGAAGGCGCUUGCAGCCCAGAGGGCCAUGCAAUUGGAGCAGGAGGCCCAGGCCACACUGAGGAGCGCCCAGGUGGCUCACAAGGAGGAACUGGAUCGUCUCCAGAGAGACAAAGAGUCGCUGUGCCUGGAACUGGAGGCCGAGCGGGAAGAACUGCUGCGCCGCCUGCAGCAGGAGCGAGAGGAGCUACAGGGACGCCAUGAGGCGGAGAAGGAGGAGCUGGGCGAGGAGAUGGCAGCCCUCCAGCAGGAGCGGGACGAGGGGCUCCUCCUGGCAGAGAGCGAGAAGCAGCAGGCACUGUUCCUCAAGGAGUCGGAGAAGGCUGUCCUUUUGGAGAAGCUUUCAGCCGCCCAGCAGAGCCUGGCCAGCUUCACCUUGGAGAUGGAGAGACAGAGGCGGGAGGCUCAGAGCCGGCAGGAGCAAGAGCGGAGCACCAUCAGUGGCUUGAACUCGGAGCUGCGGAGCAUCCGUGCCCAGUUUGAGGAAGCCAUUGUCACCCAUGAGAGGGAAGUGAAGGUGCUCCAUGAACAGGCCAGGGAGCUGACCAAGCAGCGGGAGGCCGCCCUCCGUGAGGUGGAGGAGCUGAAGCUGCAGCUGCGCGUGGGAGAGGAUGCCCGCGAUGCCACCCGCCGGGAGCUGCAGGAUGCCCAGCGCAGGCUGCGGGAGGCCCAAGUGGCCCAGGAGGCCCAGCGCAAGGAGGCUGCGGACCUCCGGAGGAGCCUGAGCGACGAGGGCCGGGAGAAAGAGACCCUGCAAAGGUCCAACAUGGAGCUGCGUGACGCCCUGAAACGAGCCGAGAGUGAUCGCAUCAGUUUGAAGCGAAGCAACGAGGAAAAGGAGCAGAAGCUGGCCAUCUUGGAUGAAGCCCGGGCAGCCGUAGGCAAAGAGGCUGCAGAUAUACGCAGCAACCUCCAAGAUGUGGAGCGGUCGCGGCUGGAAGCACGCCGGGAGCUGCAGGAGCUGCGGAGACAGGUCAAGAUGCUGGACAGCGAGAAUGCAAAGAAGAGUAAGGAGGUGGUGGAGCUGCAGGCCCGGGUAUCCCUGGAUGAGCAGCGGGAGGAGGAGAGCCGGCGAGAGUCCUUUGGCCUCAAGCAGAAGAUUGUGGAGAGUGAAGCCGGGCGGGAAUCAGCCAGGAAGGAGCUCCAAAGCCUGCAGCGCCGGCUCUCUGACUUGGAGUGCGACUUCCGCCUGAGGGAGAGGGAGCUGCUGGGCAGCCUGGAGGAGGCCAAAGGAAAUGAGAAGAAGCUGCUGGACGACGUCCACAACCUGGAGCUGAAGCGUGAGGCGGCGGUGGCUGCAGCAGGCGAGCUGAGCCUGCGCCUGAGCGGGGCCGAGGGGCGCGUGCAGGGUCUGGAAGCUGAGCUGGCCCGCCUGGAGGGCCUGAAGCACCAAGUGGAGCUCCGGUUGGGUGGCCUUCACUCAGCCCUCCGGCGCACCCUGGGCCUCGGCCGCAUGGGGCGGCCGCCCAGCCCAGCUGUCAGGGGCCACUGCAGUGGCAGCAUCUCCUCCCGGAGGCUCUUUCACCCCAUCCCAAAAGGGGAGGCGACAGCAGAGGAGGAAGAGAGGGAGCCCAGCCGCCCCAGCUCCCAGCCCCUCUCACCAGAGCGCGCCCUCUCCCCCGGCCGGAGUGAGCAGCUGGUGGCCGACAUUGACCCAGAGGCUGUGCGGACCGCCCUCCGGGACUUCCUGCAGGAGCUGAGGGAUGCGCAGCGAGAGCGGGAUGAAGCCCGUUCCCAGCUGGGAGUCUUGAACCACCAACUGGCCGAAAUGGAGGCUGAGCGAGACAUGGCUGGCGCCCGGGUGCAGCAACUGCAAAAGCAGCUGGCCGAGUGCGAGGAAGGAAGGCGCAGCCUUGAUGGGAAGCUGAGUGGGGCCCAGGCUGCCCUGGCCAUGCAGGAGGAGGGCAGGAGCCAGGGUGAGAGGGAGCGCAAGGCCCUGGCAGAGAAGGUGGCAUUGCUGGAGCGGGGCCUGCAGGCGGCGGAGAGUGAGCACAAGGCCAGCCUGGAGAAGAUUGGUACCAUGAAGACCAAUGAGGCCCGGCUGGAGGCGGACAAACGGCGGCUGAAGGAGGUCUUGGAUGCCUCCGAAAGCCGAGGGACCAAACUGGAGCUGCUUCGGCGGUCACUGGAGGGAGAGCUGCAACGGGCCAAGCUGGUGCUGAGCGAUCGCGAGACAGAGGUCCAGGUACUGCGUGACCGCACUGAGCUCCUGCAGAGACAGGUGUCAGAGAGUGAGGGGAAGGCCAGCGCCCUGCAGCUCUCACUGGACCGCACCAACCUCUCACUCACGAAGGCUGUGGAGGCAGAGGGAUCCCUGAAGGAGAAGGUCCAGGGGCUCAGUGCCUCCCUCUCAGAGAGCCACGGUGCCACCAGCUCAGCCCAGGAGAAGGUUCUCCAGCUGCAAAAGGCCCUGAUGGCCAGCGAGCGCGACCGGAGGGUCUUGCAGGAGCGGCUGGACAUGGCCCGCCAGGCUGCCUCAGAGGCCAAGAAACAGAACGGGGGGCUCUCUGAGCACCUCCAGGCCCUGAAGAGGGAGCUGGCCGAGCGGGAGCUGCAGAAGGAGGAGUUGGAGGGGCUGGUGAGGCAGCGGGAGGAGCUGCUGCGCCAGCGCCAGGAGGGUAAAGCAGUGGCCCAGAGGAGUUUGCAGCGGGCACAAGAGGACCGGCGCCUCCUCCAGGAGCGGUUGGGGAGGCUGCAGCAGAUCCAGGCCCAGGCGGAGAGUGAGAAGCGUGAGGCUGAGCGCUCUUCCCUACGCUUGGAGAAAGACCGGGAGGCCCUCAGGAAGACCCUCGAUAAGGUGGAGCGAGAGAAGCUGAAGAGCCACGAAGACUUUGUGCGGCUGACACUGGAGAAAGAGCACCUUGAGCGGUCUCUGGCGGCUGUGGAGCAGGAGCUGGUGGAGGCGCAACGGCGGAUCCAGGUGCUGGAGGCACAGGUGGCAGAGGUGCCUACCCGGCCCAGGCAGGAUCUCCAGGGCGAGGCAGAGCACCAGCGCAGCUCCCAGCAUCAGGCAGAGCAGACUUUGGAGGGCCGCGAGCGAAUCCACCGGCAAUGGGUCCGAGGCCUGGAGGAGCAGGCCUCUAUGCUGAAGGAGCAGCUGCAGACAGGGGGCCAGAAGGACUACUUCCCUCCCUCCUCCGCCAUCCUCUCAGGGGACUAGGUGCUUCAAAUGCAGCCAUACACCAGCAUGGAGUUGCAACUUUCAGCCUGGGUCAGGGACAAGCAGGAGGGCAAAAGUGUGUGUGUAUGGGGCCGGAGGGGGGGGGUGUUAGGCCUUUUUUGUGACAAUCAAAAUCAAUUUUGGCGCUCAUUUUCUUCAGACAGAAAAUGGCACACAGAGGGAAAGGGGGCAGCUUCCAGCAGAACCUCCUGGAGUCCUCCUUUGGGCCGAGGAAGGGGCUGCAGCAGCCUCCCCUGCCUCCAGAAAAUCUCUAGCCAUACAUUGGGAAAUGGAGCUGUGCUUUGGUCUCUGUCUCUCAGCUGAGGGGCUGGAAGAUCGCCCCAGCUGCCUCUCAGGUUCCCUCUUUUCACUGAUCUCUUCUUAUUAAAUGUGACCAAGAUGUAUAUUUUUAAAAAGCAGUAUGUAGACACUAACGCCAUGCACCUAUGCGUGCGCAUGUGUGUGUACAUAUAUAUUUUCUUUGUUUGUUAAUGUACCAAUUAAUCAAGAAAAGUAGAAAGCUAUUUUUAUACUGAUGAUGCUGUAGUUGUGGCUAAACCAGGGGACAGUCCAGAAUAAAGGCUGGCUCUUGUAUUACUA